AAUUCAGUUCGUUUUCAGUCGUUGCCUGCUUGAGUUCUUUAAGUUCAAGGAUAUAACUCAAGGCUAGCCUGCACCGGCGUUGACAACGAGCAACUUAAAAAAAAUCAAAAAAGAAAAAAAUUACAAAAAUUGUUUAGCGCAAAAAUGCGUCUCAUUGUGUUCUCAACACUUUUGCUUGCCUCCUGGGCAGCUGGCCAAGCUUUGGAUGCCGUCGAAAUUCAAAGGCAAAAACUGAUCAAAUUUCCCGAGGAGUUUGAUCCGAAUGUGGAGCCGCCCACGUCCGACAAAGCGGACGAGGCCAAGCGCAUUCUCGACCAGAUCGCCAAGGUGAACGAGGCCUUUGGCUAUGUGAAGAAGAAGCCCGAUCAGCCAAAGCUGCCGCCCAUACUCGACUCCAGUCAGUAUCUCUUUCCCAAGCCCGCCCAGCAGCCCUUCCACGCGCAGAAGCAUCACUUCUCUGGCAGCCAAGGGCAAACCUUGCUGGAGCCCUCCAUAAGAGCUGUCAAGCUAACGAGGAAUGUUGUGGAUGGAAUGUCGAAAGAGCAAAAGCAACAGCAGCAGCGGGAGACGCUCUACUUCCGACCCAAUCAGGUGCAGCUGCCUCAGCCAAGCUCAGCACAGGAGGCACAGCAGCUGCCCGCCCACUUUCUCAUACCGGUGCAUCUGUACAAGCUGAACAAGGAGCAGUAUUUGCGAGAGCAUGCGCCGCACGAGUAUCGUGUCAAGGGCUACAAGAUAAUUGGCGAUGUGGACAGCUUUUAUGGCAAGGCGAAGGCCAUGCUGCACGAGAAGAACCAGAAGCAGGGCAAGACAACGCCCAAAUACCAUUUGUUCUUUUUGCCCCGCGAGCUAGCCUUAAAUGACGAUGGGACGCCCAAGCGUGGCAAGCCAACAGCAACAAGCACCACCACCACUACCUCCACCACCACCACCACCAAAGGGCCCAGCUCUAGCAAGGAAUCACGCUUCGACUCGCGUGAGAAGCCAAUACAUAAGCCACAGCAACAGCCACAAUCCCAGCAACAGCAACAGUCGCAGUCACAGUCUACUCCUUCCCGCAUGCCUGCCAUUGCCACGCCUGAAGCGAAUGGCAACCGCAAGCGGACUAGCGGUAGCACCACUAAGCCAUUGCGUGGCAGCAGCAAGGAUGCAGAUCAGAAUCAACAGAUACUGACCAGCUCAUCCAGUCUCAAAGUGAACUCUGCCCCAAGCCACAGUAAUGUGGCUCAGCAGACCACAUUGCCGCCCACAGGCGGGCUGAUGCCAAAUCGCAAUCGCUUGAAUGUCUUCCGUGUGCCCAGCGUCAAUCUGGCCGAGAUGCAGAACCAGACCUCGACAGCCAUCAAAAACGCCUUUCAGAAUAUUUUCAAAAUGCCCUUCCGCCAGCCCAUCGCGCUGACAGGAACAACAGCUGUACAGCCAGUUGUGGUGCAGAGCGGAGCUGUAGAAAAUUCCGACAUGUUGCAGGAUAGCCAGGAUGAUUACAAGUGGGACGAUGAGCGGGAGGGCGGCGGCGAUGGCGAUGGCGAUGGCGACAUUGAUACUCUUGAGCAAAUGGAGAAUACGGCUGCCGAACAGGAUACCAGCGCGGGUACAGAGAAGCAUCUGUUUGUACACAAGAAGCACCACCUAAUGGACACCAUUGGUACAGUAGCCACCGCUCAUCAUGGCACUCAGAAGCAGGCUCUGCGAGAGGGCGGCAUCAUCAUUCAACGCCUGAAGGUGCGCAAGGGUGGCAUUGCCAUUGCGGGGCCAGGAGGCGUGGCAACAGCAGGUAGUGGCGGUACUGCAAUUGUAGGCCCCGGUGGCUAUGCCCUGACCCACCCGCGCAGCUUAACCAUUGCUGGCCCCGGGGCUAAGGUUAUUUCCAUACCUGCUGAUGUGGAUCUGAAAGAUGCUCUCCAGCGCACAGAUGUGGAUGCAAAAAGCUUUCCACGCGAGGGUAAGGUGGUGGCCACAGGGCCCACCGUCUACUACGCACCACCAACGGGCAUGACGAUGGAAGAUGAAGAUCAGGAGGAAGUGCAGGAAUUUGAAGCCUUACAGUAGCUUGAUUGUUUAACUAAAAUCUGUCGCCAGCCCUGAUUUUCGAAUUAGACUCAUCGAUCGAUAGGGCUGCCAGAUAGUUAGGAAUUGUGGCUGCCGUUUAGCUAUGUUCGAUUUUAUACCUAAUGACUGUUAGUAUUUUUGUAUAGCGCCUAAGUAUUGGUAAUAAAUGUUUGUAUUUGUAAUUUGUGCAUUGCUUUCAUCUGUAAUCAAAUGUAAAUAGCUGCUACGCCUACUAACACCGCACACACACCGCAAAGCCUUCGCAUGUAGUGAUAACAAAAUAUUUUAGACUAAACCCCAAUUCGAGCUGUAUAUAUUGUAUAUAUUACGAGACUAAUGGCUAUCCUCAACUCUCUUACUCUUCCUAUGAAAAUU